UCCGUCCGGCAACUCGUCGCCGCCGCCGGCCAGUUUUCCUGCUCUGCUCGAUGCACAUGCUGUCAUGCACAGUACACGGACUCGGCGUUCCGAUUUCCGACUGGCCCUCAACGACCCAGACUCCAAGUCGGACAUCAUCUUUGAGUUGGUUACAUCAUCCGUCGUCACAUCGAUAUAACCCCGCGUCCCCGCCGGGCGCCGGCGCACUCCCCACGGCUUCACGCGAACAUCAUCCAUCCACGCCCGAGUCCACCGCCUGAAUCCUACGCCGCCGGCACCCCCCCUGAUCACCAUCGUGUUCUGUCUUCCUUCUCCCCUCGCAGCGCGCGAUGUCGUCGUUCCAGCCUCCGGGGAGCGCCGCCGCCGGCUGCGGCUUCUUCGGCAGCCCGGCUACGCACGGCAUGUGCUCCGUCUGCUACAAGAAGCACCACAGCAUCUUCGCCGGCGGUUCAGGCGCCUCCGCAGCCGCCACGGCGUCCGAAGCGGCGGCGGUGGCGGCCAGCGUCUGUCUCGCACCCGCUGGUGGCGCCGUCUUAUUACCGCCCUCCUCCGCGACGCCCGAGGCGGCGAGCGAGCUGCAGCGGCCGAGCCGGUGCGCGGCGUGCUGCAAGAAGGUGGGGCUGACGGGGUUCGUGUGCCGGUGCGGGAAGACCUUCUGCGGGAGGCACCGCUACGCGGAGGAGCACGGCUGCGCCUUCGACUUCAAGGGCGCCGGCCGCGGCACCAUCGCCCGUGCCAACCCCCCUGAUCAAGGGAGAGAAGCUGCCCUGCAAAAUCUGAUCGAUCGUCGCGGUUGACGCCCCCGUGCAAUGGGUUCUGAACUUCUGAUGCACUGCCUUCUCUAUGGCCGCAGGCCGGCCCUCGCAACAUGCAUCGACUCGUCUGUGAGGAGCGUCUGGCUAGAUUCAUAUGAUCGGCAGGGCUUAAUUCCUUGCGUACUGUUUGUAACUAGCUGAUGUUUCAGAAGAUGACCAGCAUUCAUAUAUAUGAGUUUAUUU